GCACUCUGUCUGCCCCAACACAAGUCUUGGCUGUGAUCCCGUAACCGCCCGAUGUUCUACCGCAACUCACAUCACACCACAUGCCGGUCCCAGAUCUAUACAGGAGCGCAAUCAACCCAACGUCGAGGAAGCGAUGCCUGGACAGCGCAGCUCAUGUCGCUGCUACCUGAAUGCCUGCAUUGCCUUGACGGCCUCUUGACCUCUGGUUCAGGCGAUCAUGCCAUUCAGCCAGGAGUUCGCCGGUGCGACUCCCUACUCGGAGAAGCCCCCCUGUACAACGAGGGUAUUCGUUGGCAAAAGGCCUUUCUUGCCAUGGGUAAGUUGCGAAGAGAGAAUCAAGUUAGGAAACUCGGCACCGAGGCGUAUGGAGACGCGAUGGGGGCACAAAAAAAUUCCAUGCGGGAUGCUGUAGUACAAACAAGUCUCAUCCUCUCUUCUCAGGGCAGGGCCUUUUGCUUGCCAGCAUCGUAGGCGUAUGACCAGUUCGCUUGGAUCGAGAGUGCAUCUACUUGCCAUUCACUACCCUUUGCUGCUUCGUUAGGUGCUGGCUGGUCCAGACGCACACAGGCCGGGUUCGAAGUGUAACAUCCGUGCUUGGCCAUGAUCUUUCCAUGGCAGUCUUUCGAGUACCCCCU